CUGCAGCAAGCCACAAAGGUUGAAAGUUGAAACCCGGAAAGGGCAACGCAUAAUCGUUUAUGUGUAUGUUACUAUGCAGAUGACGAACACAAGGAUAUCCUGAUAAAAGAAAGAAAAUGUUAAACAAGAUCGCAGAGUGCGUGCGGCCACGACCAAAAUUUUGAGGGGCAAAAAAUAAUGGAAGGGCAAAUCUUGGACCCCACCUGCCAGCUGCCCACACGACUCAUCAAAACCGGUACAAGCCCACCGAGACAGGGUAGGCGCGUCAUAACGCAACACAAAAGGGAGCGCGCGGCGGCAGCAAAGCGAGCAACACCGAAGGCGAUCAGAGCUCGCGCAGGAGAGCUGUCUCCAUGAGGAAGCUGUGCCCCAACCUGGAGCGCGAUGACGCGCUGGACACGGUGCUCGAGGUGCCCAUCCCGGAGGAGAUGUUCUCGCGCGGCAGCGGCUCCCGCGGCUCCAGGUUCGGCUGCACCAACGUCAAGUCGUGGGUGCGGCCGAACGCCUCCGACCGGUCCGGCGCCGGGGAGCCGUGCUCCAUGAGCCGCGGCGAGCUGCAGCUCAUGCUCGGCGUCAUCGGCGCGCCGCUGAUACCGCUCCCCGUCGACCACGCCAAACAGUCCCCCUGCUCCGUCCUCUGCGAGCAGCUCAAGGCUGAUCCCAUUGAGUCUUCGACGGCCAAGUACAUAAUACAGCAGUACGUCGCGGCGUCGGGCGGGGAGUGGGCGCUGAACAAAGUCACGAGCAUGUACGCGAUGGGUAAGGUGAAGAUGACCGCCGCGGAGCUAAACAGCAGCGACGCCGACGGCGGCGGCGGAGGGCACCGCAGCGGGAAGAAGAGCGGCAAGAGCGGCGGCGAGGUCGGUGGGUUCGUGCUGUGGCAGAAGAAGCCGGAGCUGUGGUCCCUGGAGCUCGUGGUGUCCGGCUGCAAGAUCAGCGCCGGCAGCGACGGCAAGGUCGCCUGGCGCCAGACACCGUGGCAUCAGUCGCACGCCUCCCGCGGGCCGCCGCGCCCUCUCCGCCGGUCGCUCCAGGGACUUGACCCGAUGCUGACGGCGAGCCUGUUCGCGGACGCGGUGUGCAUCGGCGAGAGGGGCGUGGAUGGCGAGGACUGUUUCGUGCUCAAGGUGGAGGCGGAGGCGUCGAGCCUGCGCGCGCGCAACAGCAGCAGCGUGGAGAUCAUCCGGCACACGGUGUGGGGGUACUUCAGCCAGCGGACGGGCCUGCUGGUGCAGCUGGAGGACUCGCACCUGCUGCAGAUCAAGUCGAGCGGCCACGGCAGCGUCUUCUGGGAGACCACCAUGGAGUCGCACCUCCAUGACUACCGCGCCGUCGACGGCGUCAACAUCGCCCACGCCGGCCGCACCGCCGUCUCGCUCGUCCGCUUCGGCGACAGCAGCGACGGCAACACCAGGACGCGCAUGGAGGAGGUGUGGAACAUCGAGGAGGUGGACUUUAACAUCUGGGGCCUCUCCAUGGACUGCUUCCUGCCGCCCAGCGACCUCAAGGAGAGCAAGGAGGCCCAGGACGUCGCCGCCGUCGUCAAGCCCGCGCGACCGCCACCGAUAAGGAUACCGGCCGUGGCCGUCCGCGUCGGGCCAUCGCAGGUCGCCGCCGUCAACAUGGACGAUUCCGACUCGCUCAUUGCGAGGUCAUGACAUAACGUAUAGACAUAGCGAGCAGUGUUACUGUAAGAGUUGUGUGUGUUUACGUCCCACUUAUCUCCAUAAGUUACUUAUGGCAAGAUCUGUAAAUAUAUUGCAGGUUCAGAUAUUUUUGUUUUCGGGGAGUGGAUUGUACCUCUCAGAUAGAGUUGGGGAGGGUCAGGGGUGAAGUAGUAAAGCGAGUAAUCCGGGAUAGGUGUUCUAAUUAGAGGUAUUGUAAUUGAGAUUUGCUUUACCCCAACAAAAAGUAUCUCGAACUACCGG